AGGUUUAACCGGGGGACGUGGAGUGAACUCUGACACCGUGAUGUGACUAUUGUUUUGAUAUGGUUUUCGUUACCAAGUAUCAGCCGUAACGUUCACUGAAAUUAUUAAUAGCUUCACAAAACAUAUGUUAAUCAAUCGAGGAACAUAGAGUUAAAUCAACCAUGAACUGUCAUGUGCGAAAUCCUUGUUUGUUGACUAACGUUAUAAAGGAUGCUGUUAGCUGAGUGGCUAACGUAGCGGUGUUGACAGCCUACUAUGGAGAUCAAUGUGAAGUGAGGGACAGGGCAGCAGAUCGUUGUUUGUCCGGAUUUUCGGUCUCCCUACCUGCGUAGUAAAUAUUACCACUUUCCAAAAAGUGUUAUACUACACGUGCUAAAAGGAACCAUACCCGUACACCAAACCAUCUCGAUGGGUGAAGAAAAGCCGGACACGUUGGAUUUUGUGAAAGAUUUCCAAGAGUAUCUCAGCCAGCAGACUCAACAUGUGAACAUGAUCUCCGGGUCUGUGAGCGGCGUCAAGGAGGUGGACGACGUUCCAGCUGGUAACUACUGCGGUCAAAAUGGCCUGGACCACCCCUCUACGGAUAUGUCGCUGGUCGACAGCUCAGGGAUACUGGUGGACGGCUUUGAGAGGACGUACGACGGAAAGCUCAAGUGUCGCUACUGCAACUAUGCCACUCGAGGAACGGCCCGACUCAUCGAGCACAUCCGCAUUCAUACAGGGGAGAAGCCUCACCGCUGCCACCUGUGCCCGUUUGCCUCCGCCUACGAGCGCCACCUGGAGGCCCAUAUGCGCUCCCACACGGGGGAGAAGCCCUACAAGUGUGAGCUGUGCUCGUUCCGCUGCAGCGACCGCAGCAACCUGUCCCACCACCGCCGCCGCCGCCACAAGCUGCUGCCCAUGAAGGGCGCCCGCUCGCUGGCCCACAAGAAGAUGCUCAGUGUGCUGCAGAAGAAGAGCAGCGCGCUGGGCUACGGCCGGCGCCUGCUCAUCAACUUCAGCCCCCCUUCCAUGGCAGCGCACAAGGCGGACAGCAUGAGCGACUUCCCCCACGGACUGCCCCACAUACGGCAGGAGGCCUUCGACGACCAGGGCGGGGCGCCCGAGGACGGAAGCUCCAGGGACGACGAGCUCCACCACCACCACCUCCAUCAACACCACCAGGAUCUGGUCAUGGACAACCCCCUGAACCAGCUAUCGACGCUGGCCGGUCAGUUGGCCAGCCUUCCGGCGCACGUCCACUCCCAGACAGCCCAGCCCCCCGGGUCGCCCCGGGCCCGGUCUCCGGUGGACGAGAAGCCCUUCCUCGUACAGCAGCCCGACCCCGCCGACACGCCCCCUGCGACGGCCUUGGCCAACACGUCGCACGCCUCGUCUCCCACGGCCCCGGACCCCAGGCUCCCCCCUCUCCCUCCGAGCGAGGGUAGUCCCGUGGCGGGGCCAUGCAGCGAGGGCAGCGGCCGCACCAGCACCCCCAGCGUCGGCAACAGCCAGCCCAGCACCCCGGCCCCGGGCCUGCCCGCCGCGCCCCAGGAGCUCGGCGCGCAGCACCACUGCCAACACUGUGACAUAGCCUUCCCCGACAACAUCCUCUACACCAUACACAUGGGCUGCCACGGCUACGAGAACGCCUUCCAGUGCAACAUCUGUGGCCACAGCUGCAUCAACAAGUACGACUUUGCAUGCCACUUUGCCCGGGGGCAGCAUAAGCAGCCGUGAUGCUUAUGAACACCGAAAAAAAAGAUGAGUGUCAUAUUAUUUCAAUGAUUUCACAGGGACAAAUUCCGCCUUGAUGUAGCCUAGCCUUUGUUGUGAAAUGGUGAGAUGGUUCUGGAGAGGCUGAGACUGUCAGCUUUGGGUAAGGGUUAUUUUAUAUACGCUCACAUGGUAUAAGCUUACAAUGCGAGGGAAUUGUGUGCUAUAUCCAAGUGACACAGGUUUUAAUGAUAAGCAUUCCUUGAGUAAUGUCACUCGGUAUCAACUAUUAGUUAAAUAGUGGUUUACCAGGCACCAUGUUGGAAUCAAGUGCUCAGUGCAAUUCAAUUUCUUUACAGUGCCUGAUAUAUAUUUACUUGCUUUUUUUUACUUCUAGCUAAAGAGUAUUUAUUUAUAUUAUUACUAAUAGACCUUAUUAUAUUAUUUCCACUGCUCUGUGUAUAAGUCCAGCAGUUUUUUUUAAUUGAUUUCCUAAUCAAGGGGAAUUUUGUGUGUUUGACAAAGAAGUCUCUGUGCACAACAUGUGAUAGUCAUCGCACAAACUUUAAUGUCCACAAAUGUGUAAUGUCUUCAGUGCCACGUUAUGACCAUAAUGCAGGGCAUGGUUCUGUCAUUGUCCUGCUGGUUAAUGUCCUUGUACGUCUGCGGAGACGGUGUAGCAAAUGAGUAGGCAACGUGACCGGCAGACUACACACAAUAGUAGGCGACGCACAAGAUGGAAUCAAAGAUGCAAGUGUUGUGUGUAUGUGAUUGUUGGCAGGGUUGUAGCUGUUGAACAUCAGGUGAGUGGAACAGGCUAAAAACUGACAUGGAGAUCAGAUUCAAUUUGCCUUAUAACUAACUCCAGUGGUGUCCUGUAACUGUCGGAAUGUGGAGGAACCUCCCGCGUCGCGAUACACGUGCUGACGUUGAAUUCACUACCAAAAUAAGUGGUGGAUUAGGUGGACGGAUAUCUCGCUGCUGGUCAUUAUACUAAAGUAUAAACAUUGAAUCACAUGUGCUCACCCUAAACUAUCUGACUGCUGUGAUGGGGUUAUUGUUUAAGUCGUCAGCCACUUGACUAUGAAACGAAACCAAAGCCUCGCCUAUGUCGUCUGAGCAUACGCUUGAUACAGAAUGCCCUCUGCAUAAUCCUGGAUGUUUUCUGUAUCUGUAUUGGCAGGAGAGGCCUAAUCCUAUCUUAUUUUACAUCCAUGACCAUGUUACUUAAUUAAGCGGACACACAUUACGAGUGAAGAGUUCCAAAUGGUUGGCCUGCAAUGGGGCAUCUAUGGAGCAAGUACGUUUUGCUCAAAUAUUAAGGAGUUUCCUUCCCUUCGUACAGAACCCUUUGCAUAAGGCGAUUCAUACGGCGGGUUGUGGAAAAGCUAAUCCUAGACCCGUCCUUGUAACACACCAUGACCGGACCACAUCCUGAUCUUUUUGAUAUUGUAAUCGUUCACUCUGAUGUUGGCCAGCACCCCUCAUAUGUAGUCUCCUGUGGACGAUGCUUGGUUCAGAAUUGCCACGUAGCACCAGAGAUGCCGGGCUCUUUUCCUUUUCGAGAACACAUGCCUUGAGAUGCUCACGUGGUGAUGUGGGUCCCUGCUUUCCUCAAUAUUAACGGGGUAUUGUAUUCUGAUUGUUUUGAUGGAUGUUAAGUGUCAAAAAAAGAAUAAGGUGAAACUCUCUUACAUCGAAGAAUCCUGCUUAGCAAGGUUGUGCAAUGUACUGAAUGGUGUUGUCUGUUGCUUAGCAACACGUGUGGACAAUUUAGUUACUGUUGCUAGGACCAACUGCUUGAGACUGCUGGUACUACAGGCAUCCGAUGAUAAUGGCCUUAUGUUCUGUGUGUCCUUGGUCGAUUGGUAGUUGUGAAUGUGGAAGAUUUUUGUAAACCCCCCCCCCCCCCCCCCCCCUCUGAGGUAACAAAUUAUUUUAUUGUGAAAUGAAAUUAACGCUAACAAAUGAACGAAUAAAGUGUUUUCUAACAAUCUGUC